UACGUACGGGUCAGAUCCAGAGAAAAUGGAGGUUACGCAGUCAGUAUCUAGAGAAAGAAAGCACACCAACAUCACAUCUAGCAGAUUCGGACGAGGUUGUGCCCGCGGUAUCGGGAAGGAACUGAGCCGUUUUCUAGUGUGCAGUAUGGAGAUACCGUGGAACCUUACGAAGGCUCUCUUGCAAGCAGAACCUGUACACGUCGUCAUGGUAGACACACUAGAAGAAAAUAUUAUUGAAAAACAAGUCAAAGCAGCUCCAGCUUGCGAUUGUGUGGUCGGUAUAGGCGGUGGACAGGCUAUAGAUCUUGCCAAGUUUUUUGCAUGGAAACUCUCAGUUCGACUUGUCACCAUUCCAACUGUCAUCAGUGUGGACGCGUUUGUUACGGCAGCAGCAGCUAUUCGACGAGACCACAAGAUUGUCUAUGUUGGAGCUACAAGUCCCGACCCUCUGGUCAUCGACUAUGACCUUAUCAGAACAGCACCAGCCGAACUAAACAUUGCAGGUGUGGGUGACUUACUUUCCAUACACACAGCGACAUAUGACUGGGAGAUAGCUGAGAGAUAUAAACACAGUGAGUUCCCAUUCUCACAAGAAUCUGUAGCAAAAGCAAGAAGCAUUCUCAAAUCACACAUUCUAGACAAAGAAUGUGAAAUCAAAAGCUUGAGUGAUGAAGGACUGCAGACUAUUAUCGAUGGUUACAUUGAAAUCAACACAAUCUGUCUACCAGCUGGUCAUUAUCGAGUCGAAGAAGGAUCUGAACAUUACAUCUUUUAUGAACUGGAAUCACGAUUACAGCGGUCAUUUGUUCAUGGCCACAUUGUAGGUCUUGGAGUCUAUCUGAUGAGCAAACUGCAGAACAAUGAGUCUGAUGCCAUUCUAACGUUUAUGAACAACGUGGGUUUACGAUAUCAGCCGAAGCAGAUGGAAUUGACAAAAGCUGAUGUCAUACAUUCACUAAAGAACUUACAGCAAUUCAUACAAGCUCAAAAGGAUCUUUGGUUUACAGUGAUAAACGUUGAAGAAAUCACAGACGAAUGGAUUGCAACAGCCAUUGCCAAACUCGAGUUUAAUCAUGAUUGACUUGAUAACCAUAGUAUGCAACCCAAUAACAUAUCCGUAUUUCUCCCCUCCCCAACAAGUUACAGUUACACAUCAUCAUAACAUUAGUUGUCCUUCAACUCCAAGUAAAUAUAAUAUUUUUUAAAUCUAGUGACUUCAUUAGUUUUAUGGCAUGUAAACAUCGUGCAAUGUUUGACAUGCUUAGUCUUCCACCU